CCGGCACUUCCCUUUCAGGUAACUUUUCCCAUUUGGGGUUUUGGGAGCACCAACAGAGGUUCUCAGCAGCGGAUCUCUCAGCCAUUGCAACAUGUCGGAGUCAGCUGAAGCUGUGGCAGCCGAUGUGAGCAGCAAGAGAAGCGUUACCAUUGAAAUCACAAAUAUCACCAACAACUACUGCCUCAUCAACCCCAGGGUGUACCUUGAGAAUGGGGAGACAUACAACCCACCUCAGCCCACAGUGCGCCCUCUUAAGACAGAGGUUUGCACUUUCACCAAGUCCAGUGGCAAAGCCACUGGCAGCGUCGGUGUUCUGACCUACGACCUUUUCGAGCGGUCACAGAAUGACUACAUUGAGACUGUGGCCAUCAUGUUCUCAGUUCCCUGGGACUUCAACCUGUACAAGAACUGGUUUGCAGUGGGCAUCUAUAAGAAGGGCCGUAACUGUGAUAAGGAUUUGUUCAAAGAAAUGUACUAUGAGAAGAAGCAGCAUGAGCAUGGGUUUGUCAGGGAGGAAGGCACAGGGUCAGGAAUCAAUUAUGUGGGCAGCUACCUAGAUAUCAAGGCCACCAUGUGUCCCCUUGGCAGAGCCAUCAUGAAGGUGGAGGUGUGGGAUAAGCUUUUCACACCCAUGGGUCAGCAGGCAUACUAGAGACCCUGGAGACGCCUCCUAACCAGUAUUUUUGUCCCAACAGCAGAAUUGAUCUCUCCACCUCACACUUUUACCUGGCAGACUGUUUCUAGUACAGUCAACAUGCAUGAUUUAACAGAUGCAUUGUUGCUGACAUGUGUCUGUAUACCUGGGUAUUACCUUUCAGUAAAUCUGCUUAAGAUCAGAGUUUAAUUUGUUUAUAAAUCCAGGCAGCAGUAUCCCCCUUUAUAACUGAAGCCUCUGUCUGUUUCAAUAGCAUCCAGUUUUGAAAUGGCAUCUUUAGAAAUGGAAAUCAAAGGAUGACGCACUGGAGGAUGAGGGCACAUAGAUUAAUGAAACACACUGAGAGCUUGUCUGUAUUUACCUUGACACUGUAGUCUGAGGCAUAAAAUAAACCUUUUUGCUGAA